AUGAUGAAGGAUGCAAUACGGAGAGAUUAUUAGGGAGGAUCAAGUGUGGUAGGAUAACAGUAGGUGAUGUUGAUGUUGUCAAGGUGUUGUUAAUGGCGGCAAUGGUAAGUAAUGACAGUAAGAUUAUUAGGACCGUCAUGGUUAAAAGAAAAAAAAAAAGCACACAAUAGUGAUAACAAUAAUGGUGAAGAUUAUGGCAUUAAGUUGGACACAUCAUUAGGCAAGUGAUGAGAGGUGAGAUACAAAACGUGUAAGAUGACAACAAAGAUAAUUGCAAUAUAUGUACAUGUCAUGAGAUUGUAAUCGAUACAAAUCAUUGAAAGUGAAAACCAGCAACCAUUGGAUGGGAUUAGUAAUUGGAUAUAGAAGGGAAGCAGAGACAGGUGGUAAGAUUAGUAAAAAAAAGUAAAAAAACAAAGUCAGUGUUGCAUAACAAAGGUUGUCAAAAGAAGAAAGUUGAGAUCAGCAGGUACGUCAAUGAUGGAGAAGGGGGGGAAAAAGGAAAAAGAAAUUGGCAUUUUGUCAACAGAACGUGCAUAAAAUGAUUAGAAAUCUCAAAAUCAUUAUUUCAGACGGGGACUAAUAAAGGACUGUUAAAAUGUCUCACUAUAUAAAACCUUUUUUGAAUGAAGGGGAAGUCUGAAUGAAUUGUUGAACCUUGGCACAAAAACAUCACAAGGAUGAAAAUUAAGAAUGGGUCAGUGGUAUUUUGAAAUAAGAAUUAAUCCCCUAACAAAUUCUGUUAGUCCUGAAAGUGUACCAAGGUCACAUUUGUACAAUCUCCAGUUCAAUUUCUAACAAGGGCAUUUUGUUUGAGCCAGGCCCAACGAGGGAACCAAUUCUUUAUUUAGGCAAAACACGUCACAUUCACUAAGAAUACGGCCUUGGGCAAAUUGUGGCUAAGUGUCACAAAGCGCUAGUCAUCAAUAACUAGCCAAUCACAGAGGAGCACAUCAUCAUUACACACAGUCCUGCAGAAGGUCAAUGUUAUGGAUGACUGCAUCUGAAUAGCUGCAGUGUGCAACUUACACUGAGCUUCGCUGUGCAACCUGUUGAGGCCAUGAUCUGGCAUCAACACAUGAAAGGCAGUGUUUCUUUCUACAUGAAUGUGAAUUGAAUGUGUCUACAGUGUAGUAAAUGAAUCAGCAGAUUUUGUUAAAAGUGUUUUCCCUCGUGAAACAGUUUAUUUACAAUUAUCAAAAUAUCAAACUAACAUCUACAAUUUCAUCUCCCUUAAAAUAUCCUCCUUGAUUAAUUGCAAGGCAAGUGUCUGUCAGCAAUAUAGUCUUCAGGUUGGCAGCUGAGAUGGUUUGUCUUAGACAAGGGCAUCCUGGCCUAUUACAAAUCCCAAGAUGAGGUUCAUCUGGGAAGUAAAGGCUCCAUCAAAAUUGCCUGCUGUGAAAUAUUAGUCCAUCCAUCAGAUAUGUGCCGUCUGGAUCUCAUUAUUCCCGGAGAGCAGCAUUUAUACAUCCGAGGGACAUCACCUGCAGAAAGGCAACAGUGGCUUGUGGCCUUGGGCUCUGCUAAAGCGUGUCUCACAGAUGCCAAACAGCAACAGAAAGAUCGCAAUGAGGAACUCUUGAAGGCCAAAAUGUCUGAGCUGCGCCUGUACUGUGACACACUCAUGCAGAGUGUUGCCAAUGUGAAGUUGUCGGCCAGCGCCGAAGAAGCUCCAGACAUUGAGAAGCUGAAUACAUCCACAACCCUUCUCUCAGAGACCUGUGACACCUUUAUAUCCACACUCCAAGACUGCAUGAGUCUGGCCAAAAGUGCAUACAGCAUGUCCUACUCUAACAGCACAUACAAUGAAACGGUAGUUCCUCCUUCGCUGCAGCAGCAGACAAAGAAAUCAGCAUCAAGAUCACAUUCUAUUGAAGACAGGUACCACCCGCCUCAGAGCAGAUCGGGAAUCACAACCAAGUAUAAAAACUUGGAGGAUAUCGCUGCCCGUCCCAAGCCUCACAGGACGCGCACCCCACAGAACCAAUCCCUGUCAGCCCCAACGACGCCAACAGCCAGCACUACGCCGACAACACUGAGCGAGUCCGAGGACACCCAAGUGACUGACUCAGGGGAUGGCGUCCAGUCACAGAUGGACGCGAUCAGAAAGACGGAUAAGAAGGAGACCCUAUAUAACGUGGCCAUGCAGCACCCCUCCAUGCAGGAGAAACCCAGGAUGUCGACCUUCUUCUCCAAAAUGAAACCCAACUUUGAAGAUGUUCAAAAAGCAUCAGAAGAUGGCAUCAACACAGGGUUAUUCCUAGACGCCUGCUCCCAAAUUGUGGAAAUACUUGACGCAAUGGGCUCAUCAGCAUUUACGCCAGUCAAGAUGGACAUGAAUGGUAAUAUUAAGAAAUUACGACAGAAGUAUUCGACUGAUCCGUCGGCUUUCAACACUCUCCAGGCCAUCGUCCAGCAGGAAACAAGAAGCAGCACUUACCAACUCAAAAACUCAGCAACAGAGGCACUCAUGUGGCUCAGGAGAGCUCUUGAGUUUGUCUGUGCAUUCCUGGAGGAGAUCAUCAAAGGAGAGAAGGACCUCCCCUCAGCCGCAACGGCAGCUUACAAAAGGUCACUACAGAAAUUCCACGGAUGGGUCAUUCAAGGAGUUUUCUCACUUGCGGUCCGGGCUGCCCCCUACUAUGAAGACUUCAUGAAAUGCCUGCUGCAGAAUCCCGAGGACAUGGAACGAGGCGGGGAGGUUAUUGUCCUGGAAGACAUGGCCAUAGGCAUCCGACCCUUGGGUGCCCUGGUGAAGGAACUUCAGGACUACUACCACUCAGAGAAUCUUGAAAGCCAUGUGCAGAUAUAAGAUCGGACAAGAAACGGUGUCGCAUAACUCUACAAAAAAAGCCAGUCAAAUGAGAGUGCUUCCAAAAAGUCUGUGGCAUGGAUCCAAUGAAGCAGUAAAACCGUACCACUGAGAUGGCAGCUUCAACACCCCAAAUCAUUCCAAAAUGUGACCUGUUUGCAAUCACAGACAUGUACUCUGACAAGAGUAUGUAAUUGAAGAGGACUUUACAUGUACCGUGCGUGUCUUCGAUUCUGUUCUCAUGAUGUGUUAGCAAAACCAUGAUAGCAUCCGAUCAAGAAGAUACAGGUCAUUGACAAUAAAUAAUAUAUACCGUAUUUAAAUUUAUUA